CACGGAAAUAAAGAAACCGAAAACUGAAACUGAAAAGGUAGAAACAUCGCCAUCAGGAAAUGCAAUUUUAAAACGCCCGAGCCAUUGUUAGUUUCUAACUGAUGUUACAGGUACACAGGGACGCGGCUAUUUUCAAACGUUUCUCUGGUUUUGACUAUGUACAAUAUAAUCCUCUUUGACGACAUCCAUGUAAAUGAAUUUUUAUACAUCCACGUUAGACCACAACUAAUCCAUGUUAAGCACUUCAUCGCUGUCAAAUCCGGACUAUUUCCUGUGUAUAAGAGAGACUGUGAACUUGUCAUUAUACAGGGAGAUGGAUUUUAAUAUCACCGUGCAAAAUACGAACAAUUCCCUCGAGGUGAUGGAAAAUGAACUUUUUAAUGAACUGAUGCCAAAUACUGUGUUUCUCUUCAUUUUAUUGGUGGUUGGAAUAAUCGGUAAUCUUGCAGUGAUAUGCAUUUACCACUGGAAAAUGAAUGGAAAAUGCGGGGAGGAAAUCCGACUGUUUAUUCUGUUCUUAGCUUACAGCGACCUGGUGGCUGCCACGUGUGGUUCCUCACUCGGUAUUGCCAUGAACUUUAACCCCUUCUCUUUCUCCGAUAACCUCGCUUGCAAGAGCUUGUGGUUCAUAACAACGGUUUGUGUAUUCACGUCUGGUUUGAUUCUUGUUUUGGUCGCCUUUCACAGAUUUUCCGCAAUUUGCCGACCACAUAGGAAACGAUUGGACGUGUUUUGGACGAAAGCAAUAGUGUUUGUCGUAUUCAUUUUUAGUUUAAUCAUAUCUCUUCCAUGCAUUUUUCUAUAUGGUUCCUAUCCCAUUAUGUAUGGUGACCAGAAAUACUUGGGAGGGCGUCGCUGCGGAAAAAAACAAGGACCAGAUCUUAAUAAGUAUCACAUGAUUUAUGACGUCAUCGUUAUCUCAGUAGGAACCUCAGGUAUAGUUUUGAUGAGCGGUUUUUACUUCAUGGUAGGAAAAGUGAUAGUUCGACAGAUAAACUUCCGGGAAAGGAUUACUGUCAAACAAGGCACCCCCGAAAAAGAUACUAGGAACUACGACAGUCAAGAAAAUCUGCAGGUCCCCGAGGUUAGCAAUAAUACGUCACAAUCAGACAAUAUUGAAACGUCAUCACGUCAGAAUCUCGAGGAUCAAAUCGGAAACAAUCCCGAGUCAUCGUCCACGAAAACAAAAAUAAAAAACAAUAGAGGCAGGGAUAAAAAACGAAUCAGAAAAACGUUGGAUAAAUAUAGAUUUUCUUUGAUGUUCUGCAUAAUUAGUUUUUUGUUUGCUUUGUCUUAUACUCCAAGGGUGUACAUCAUGCUGCGAGAAAUCGUGGACCCUUCCUACUGGGAUCGGACGACAGUGACAGAAUACAUAUUCAGUCUGUUUCUUUACAGAAUGUACAUCCUUAACAACGUCAGUAACAUGUUCCUGUAUCUUAUCUUUGAUGUUAACUUUAGAGAACAAGUUAGAUAUACAUGCCUGUGCAGCUUAUCGACUUCUUAUUCUGUAUAGAUGUAAGGUGCCCUAUGCGUGAUGACAUGUCCUGUGUGUGAUGAUGUGUCCUGUGUGUGAUGACGUGUCCUGUGUGUGAUGACGUGUGCUGUGUGUGAUGACGUGUCCUGUGUGUGAUGACGUGUCCUGUGUGUGAUGACGUGUGCUGUGUGUGAUGACGUGUCCUGUGUGUGAUGACGUGUCCUGUGUGUGAUGACGUGUGCUGUGUGUGAUGACGUGUUCUGUGUGUGAUGACGUGUCCUGUGUGUGAUGACGUGUCCUGUGUGUGAUGACGUGUCCUGUGUGUGAUGACGUGUGCUGUGUGUGAUGACGUGUCCUGUGUGUGAUGACGUGUCCUGUGUGUGAUGACGUGUGCUGUUUGUGAUAACGUGCCCUGUGCAGUUUAUCGACUUCUUAUUCUGUAUAGAUGUAAGGUGCCCUAUGCGUGAUGGCAUGUCCUGUGUGUGAUGACAUGUCCUGUGUGUGAUGACGUGCCCUUUGUGUGUGAUGACGUGUGCUGUUUGUGAUGACGUGCCCUGUGGGUAAUAACGUGCCCUGUGCGAUAUGACUUGCCAUCAAACUCCCCGUCGAGGUCUCAUUACGUCACCUACGUACAGGCCUCCUAUGCAAACUCCCCGUCGAGGCCUCAUUACUUCACAGUGCCUACGAAUAGACCUCUCCUAUGUGACGCACCACAAUAUACAGAUUUGUAUAUUGUGAGUCCGCGAUUAUCACGCAGACAAAUUACACUAAAGAAGUAGUUCGCAGUUAAAAGUCUGAAGAUAUUAAUAUUAAAAGCAUUAAUAUAAAAGUAUGGAUUUUAUUUUAAACAUAAAAUGAUCAAAAAUCAUUAAAAAGUAGGGAUACUCUGUUCAAAUUAUUGUGUAAAGUAAUGAAUUUGAUGUUUACGUUCUUGUUUUGAAAGUUGGUUACGUUUGACGUUAUGUUUUUUCGUCAUUCUACAGUGACGUCACAGUAUACGCGGCCUAAGAAAUCGCUAUCCCAUAAUGCCUAAGUGGAAGAGUUUGGUUUGUGAGCAAACGAACUCUGGUGGAAGUUUGGCCUCCUAUGUGAUAUACAGAUUUGUAUAUUGUGAGUCCGCGAUUAUCACGCGGGCAAAUAACAAUAAAGAAGUAGUUUAUAGUUAAAAGCUUGAAAAUAUUGACAUUAACAGCAUUGAUAUAAAAGUAUGGAUUUUAUUUUCAACAUAAAAUUAUCAAAAGAUCAUUAAAAGGUAUGGAUACUCUGUUCAAAUUAUAGUGUUUAAUGUUUAAGUUUACGUUUGACGUAAUGGCUUUUCCGUCAUUCUACAGUGACGUCACACAGUAUACGCGGUAUAAGAAUUCGUUAUCUCAUAAUGCCUAACUGGAAGAGAUUGGUUUGUGAGCAAACGAAUUCUGGCUGAAGUUUGGACUUGCCAUGUGUGUGUGAUGACGUGUUCUGUUUGUAUGAUGACGUCAAUCGUAAUUACUUGGCUAUUUCCGUAACCACAAAUGAAUCCACUUCCGAGUCUUCUUACCGGUUACGGAAAAGGACGAGCACGUGAUCCGAUUGUGAUGACGUGUCCUGUGCAAGUGUGAUGAGGUGCCCUGUGUGUGAUGACGUGUCCUGUGUGUAAUGACGUGACCUCAAUCGUAACUACUCGGCUAUUUCCAUAACCACUUCCGAGUCUUCUUACCGGUUACGGAAAAGGACGAGCACGUGAUCCGAUUGGACGUGACCCGUGUGUGUGUGUGUGUGUGUGUGUGUGUGUGUGUGUGUGUGUGUGUGUGAUAACGUGCCCUGUGUGAUGACGUGUUUUUCUUAUUGUACAUAUCAAUCUCAUUUGCAUUGUACUAUUUUGAUCAAAUGUGAGAGAAAGGGUAAUGAUAGUUAAUAAUAAAAUGCCUUAUAAUUUUU